GUUUCUCUGUUGAGAAUUCAACAACUGCAUUCCAACAACAAACAGGAAACACACGUCCCAUUUAAAAAAAAGAGAAAAAGACUGACAUCGCGGUUGGCCAAUCAAGUCUCAGUAGAUCGUCUGCUUAGCCAAUCGCGUUAGAGAAGAAAGGCGGGACGUCCUGUAAUGUGAUGCAAAUUGGACGGUCCAGCCUGUUAGUCCCACCUUUUUGUGUUUCCCGCACCGUCAAUCAAAAUAGAAAAAAAUCGACCCGAAUUCACCGAUCAACACUAGCCCGCCUUUGAUAAAAUAAUCAUGUUCGGAGUUUAGUUGAUCAGAUAAUCCUCCCGGUUACUACCAUUCACGCUAUGACUGCUACGUAAAGACGUAGCGCAUCGAAGCGUGCAACUAAUCGCGCCAGAGCAGCCUCUGAAACAAGGAGAAAUGGCGUCCGCGGACGUGGACAGCAGUCAAAGCGAGUUUCUGCAACCCGGCGGCGCAGCGGAAACACAGACAACAGAUAUGUCGGCCAUACAGCUGACGGGUUCAGACCGAUGGGAGGUGUUAACUCCUGUCUCCACUGGGAAGGAAGAUCAAGGAGUCGUUCACAUUCCAAACUCGGGGAUCGUCACGUCCAACGGGCAGUACGUGCUUCCUAUUGGGAGUCUUCCCAGCCAGCCCAUCUACGUUACAGCGUCGGGGAAUGAAGCCGCGGCCAACGGCGUGUCAGGCAUUCAGUAUCAGGUUAUCCCUCAAAUCCAAAACGCGGAUGGAACACUUGCAGGAUUCUCGACACAGGGGUUGGAUGAUGGCACGGGGCAGAUCCAGCUCCUUCAAGACAGUGGCCAGGGCAGCAUCGGCAUCAGCUGUGCCACGACAACGACCACAGACCUCCUGACGCAGGUGGGGCAAGUGCAGUCGAUUCAAGGCGUCCCGCUGGGUGGGGGUUCAGCAUACACCGGCACAGUACCUGUAGGGCUGCCCAGCAACAUAACAUUCGUCCCCAUAAACAGUGUGGAUCUGGAGUCGCUCGGGUUGACGGGAGCGCAGACGGUCCCCAUCGCAACAGGGGUGACACCGGAAGGUCAGCUGAUCAUGAGCGGUCAGACACUGGAGAGUCAGAGUCAGGACGCCAGCAAACAGCAGCUGGUGACAGUAAGCGACGCCAGCAGCAAUCAAGAACUCUACGUGCCAACCACCACUUCUUCCUCCAACUCCUCCCAUCUUCCCGAGACCAUCGACGGCACGGGGGUUCUGACCCAAGCCACUGCAGUGUCUGCAGGCGUGUCCGACCCCUCCUCAGAAAACUACAACUCCCACAACCACCUGCAGCAAAUCCAGGUGUCAUCCUCUAAUGCUACCACUAUCUCGCAGCCCAUCCUGCAGCUGUCUGGGGACAGUCAGGCCCAGGUAGCCCAGGUGGCUCAGGGCCAGGACAUGAAUGCAGCAGCAGGUCAGACUCUACAGAGCGUACAGCUGGUCAACCCGGGGACCUUCCUCAUCCAGGCCCAAACUGUCACCGCUACAGGACAGAUCCAGUGGCAGACUUUCCAGGUUCAGGGUGUCCAGUCACUCCAGGGCCUCCAGUUGCCCCAAGGGCAGGGCCAGGCCCAGCAGCUGACCUUAGCCCCGGUCCAGGCCCUCCCUCUGGGCCAGACAGGCCAGGUCAGCCUACCCAACCUCCAGACGGUAACGGUGAACUCCGUAACACAAGCUGGAGUUCAGUACACGCAGGGGGACGACGCAAGCAGUCCAGCUGGUAUCCAGAUAAAGGAGGAGCCGGACUCUGAGGAGUGGCAAUUGAGGGAAGACUCAACGCUGAAUGCCAGCGACCUGAACAACCUGCGGGUUCAGAUGGGAGAAGACGACAUGGAGACGCCGAGCGGUGAAGGCAAGAGGCUCCGCAGAGUAGCCUGCACCUGCCCCAACUGCAAAGAGUCCGGAGGAAGAGGGUCAGGCAUGGGGAAAAAGAAGCAGCACAUCUGUCACAUCGCCGGCUGCGGGAAGGUUUACGGAAAGACGUCCCAUCUCCGAGCUCACCUGCGCUGGCACAGCGGAGAGAGACCUUUUGUCUGCAACUGGAUGUUCUGCGGCAAGAGGUUCACCAGGAGCGACGAGCUGCAGAGACACCGGAGGACACACACAGGGGAGAAGAAGUUCGUGUGCACGGAGUGCUCCAAGAGGUUCAUGAGGAGCGACCACCUGGCCAAGCACAUAAAGACUCACCAGAAUAAAAAAGGCGGCGUUCCCUCCUCCACGUCUCCGCCCACCACCGACGCCGUCAUCACCGCCGACGGUACCACACUCAUCCUCCAGACCGCCACCACCCACGACCUCGUAGCCAAUCAGGAGAUCCCUUUGCAGCUGGUCACCGUGGCACCCGGUGAGGUCAUGGAAUGAGCGCGGGGGCGGGGGAGGACGGGGUGAGGUGGAUUUCUGAGAACCGGCCUAUCACAGGGACCUCUUGGGCUUUUUCUCUUCCCCUCUUCCCUCUUUUUUUUUUUGUUUUUUUGUUUUUUACAUAUGAAUAUAUACGUAAAUAUAUAUGACAAAUAUAUAUAUUUUAAGUAAGAGUUAUCAUGACUUUAUGUUUGUUUUUUGCAGUCUUUUUAUAGGCGGGCAAAAAGAAUAACAUUAAAAAAGGUGGUUGCUAUGUACACACGCGUAAACACAUUCUUACACUUACACACACACACACACACACACAUACACACACAGGAGAAAACAUGCAUUAACACUCAAAACACGACAUGAAUACUCAACACGAUGAAAUGCCUUAUUUUGUAUCAUACUCUUGUAUAAAAUGCUGGAGGUGCAUGUGUUUUUUUUAAAGGUUCUAUAUGUAAGAAUUAUGAAGCAACUUAAUUCAUUGUUUUUAUUGCCAAUGAGUGAAUAGGUUGUAACGUAAGUCAAAAAAAUGAGACCCUCCCCGGUUGGGUAUAUCAGCCUGUGGACUGAUUUCUAUGUGAAGGACUCGGGCCGGAUUUUCCGCGAAAAUCCAAAGGAUGUGACGUUUUUUGCGUGCUCCUGUAUGCCUUGCCUCUCUCUGUCAACAAAUGACCGGCAUCUACCACAACAAAAACGGUGCUAUCCAAGUAGAAACACCCUGCAGAUAUUAGCUCUCCAGCUAACGAGACAGCUAGAUGCCUCUGUCAAACCACACAUUUCACAACAACAACAACAACACAGCUGACUGACUGGGAGUGAGAGAUGCUUUGCAGAAACAUGAUGCAAAACAUGUUAGAAAUGUUUUGUUAGAAUAGAGAAGUGUAAGUAAGGAAAGACAUCACCUGCAAUAGUCUCGCUCCGAGCAACAGGAUGCUAGCUGCAGCUCACUUAACGGCCACCGGUGUCACUAAAGAGAAGGAAUUUGAUUCCUACAUAUAGAACCUUUAAGCUUUGCAGAUGAUGUAACUGUAAUGGAGAUAAAUGUGUUUGUGAAACGGAGGAGAUAAUGAGGAAGAGGAGGAGUUGUGUUUGGAAGAACGUAAAGGAAGUAGUGAACCUCUCUGGGAUGUUUGACGUUAAACCUUUGUCUUUGGAGAGUUCUGACAAAAACUGAACGCUCUGUUUGAAGUGGCACCACAUCUGCGCUGAACUGUUGCAAUGCUGCCACCGUAAACAAAAAAAUUAUUCUUUUUAAAGGACCAGUUUGACAUUUUUGGAAGCUUAUUUGCUUUCUUGCUAAGAG